AUGCCCCUCGUCUCCGGCUCUCCGGGUCUGUCUCGAGCCAUUGCAGCCAUCCUGUUCAUGAGAAAACUUCUCAAAAAACUCAAACGAUUCAACAUCAUCUACAUCACGGUUGAAGCCGCAACUCUCAUCGGACUCACCUUUGUUGCUGCCGCCUCGUACAUCCUCCGCAUCAUCAUGGCGAGGAAAAAGAGCAAGGGCGGUCCUCCGUCGACCGGCUCGCCGGCUACACAAGGUGCCGAUGCCAAAGGCCCUGCUCCGUCAAGGCCGGCCUCGGUUGCGGCUCCCGUGAUGAAGAAGGAAGCCGAUGCCAGACCAGAGACUUCCCCCUACGGCAGCCCCAGCUGCACCGUCCCCUUUGCCAGCCCGCUCACCGUGGCGCUGGACAUCCUCAAGAAGAGCCCCAAGCUCCAUGCCGCCUACGAGCUGCGGCUCCCGGAGCUGACGGUCAUCCCCGAGCCCGUCGGCCAUGUACUCGUCCACUACCUGCACACCAGGACCUACGAGGCGCUCAAGCCGCAGGGGGCAGACAAGAUGUCCAAGCAGCUCAGCGAGCUCAGGACGGCCAUCCAGGCAUAUGCCGCCGCGAGAGCAUACGAGCUCCCGGGCCUCAUGCGCCUGUGCGAGGGCAAGAUCACCAAGUUCGGCGAGGGUCUGCCGCUGCCGUCGCUGCUCGAGGUGGCGCGGGACGCCUACCCGACCCUGACCGACAGCGAUGAUUGGUUCCUCGACUAUCUCCGGUCGCGCAUCCGCCCCCACCUGCGGGACCCAGAGGUGCUGAUGGGGUCCAACCUGCUGGAGCAGAUCAGCAGCAUCCUCUCGCCCAACAAGGUCCUUCUGCGCACCGUCCUGGAGCUGUUCUGCGAGAGGAUCGUGGGCCGCCCGGAAUCCCCGGCACCCGCCGCCUCCACGCAACAGGCCGCCAGCGCCAUGGCCAGCCCCGUCACCAGCCCAAGCAGCUCGCGGCCCGUCACCCCGCUCCCGGCAUCAGCAGCCAUGUCGAUGCUCGAGAUGAGGUCAAGAUCCGUUCCCCGCAGCCCGUCCACCCCGCCGUCGCGGAAGAACACAAAGGGCAGCCCGUGGCCGUCGCCCGACCACGUGUUGGAGGACUCGUCGUCCCUGAGGGCAGCGUCGCCAGAGCCUGCCUUCGAGAUCAAGCCUAUGCCUGCAUCGCCAACCCCCGGGCCCUUCCUGGAGCUGGGCCCCGUCAUCAUGGAUGUCGUGCCCUCGCCGGGAUCCUCAACCGAGGCCAACGCCGAGGCUGAGCCCCAGGUCAAGGCUGAGGCCGAAGCCGAGGCUGAGCCUGAGACCAAGGUUGAAGCGGAACCCGAGGUCGAGGUUGAGGCUGAGGCCGAGGCCGAAAGGGAGGACGGCGCUACUGGCGCGGACCCUGCUGCUGUCGCCCAAUCCGAGAGGAGGGAUUCGGGCAAGGACAUCGAACUGGAACUCCCUUCGAGGGAGCUCCAGACUGUUCCAGAGCACAUGUCUGAGCUUGAGGCCCAAUUCAACCCUCAGCCCCAGAGCUUGCGGCCGGCGGCUCGGGAAGCCGACUCGGGAUUCUGGGAAGGUCCUGAUGCGGAGGCCAGCAAGGAGCCCUCGAUCGUUGAGAUUCAAGAACCCGUCUCCACCUUGGUGCCGAUUGCCGAGCCUGUUCAUGAGCUCGAGUCCAACGUCGACCCCAAGGAGGGCACAAGCGUCCACAUUCGCGACUUUGCGGAUUCCGACAAGACGGAGAUGGACAACAAGGCGGACACCCAAGCCGAACACGCACAGGAGCCCGUCUCCGAAAGGGUGGCCGAGAACACCCCCGAUGCCGUGACUGGGCCGGCGGUGGAGGAGGCUGAGGACAAGUCCGCCGACGCAACGGCACAAACCAGCCCAGCCGAAGGAGAGCCAAGGGAAGCGAAGGGCAAGGAAGUUGAGGCACAGCCGGAGACAGAGAAGGCUCAAGAGGAGAGCGUCGAGCCGCAAGUGGUGGCGAAGGUCCAGCCCGAGCCCGAGACGACCCCGUCGGACAAACUCCCUGUUCCCGACGAUGCUCAGCCCGCUGGGUCCGCUGAGGCCAAGGCGGCUGAGCCUAGCAUCGAGCCGGGGACGAAGCCCCCUGGGGAGCCCAAGAUUCACCGCGCCUACACCGACUCCGCCAUCCUCGCCGCGGCGCGCGCUGACGAUGCCGCAGACGCUCCGGCGGUUCUCGGUGCGCAGCCUGCAGCGGAGCAGGACGGCGCGAAGGCUGACGCCGACGCGGCUGGCAACCAGUCCUGCAGCCCCCAGGUGAGGCAGAAGGGCUGGAAGAAGCGCUUCAUGAGCAUCCGCUACCCACUCAUGUUCGGCCGGGGCAUGUGA